AUGGAGGAAACGAUAGCGACAGUAUGCGGAGCUGUGAAUGUGUUGUACACAGGAGGCGCUCAAACGGCAGAGGCACAAGAAUUUUUGACAAGGUUUCAAGAAUCGGAUGAAUCGUGGACAAUUUGUGAUCAAAUAAUCGGUCGGCAUACCGAUUCAUUGGCUUGUUAUUUUGCGGCACAAACUCUACGGAGCAAGAUUCUCAAACGAUUUCGUCAAUUACCUCCAGAAUCUUACGAAGCUCUUCGUCAAUCACUUCUUCAGCAUUUAGACCGACAUGGUGGUCAUGCUCAUGACCAACAAUCUGAAGCAACAGCAACGCAAUUGUGUCUUGCAAUUGCUGACUUGUACAUUCAGGUCACAACAUGGCACAAUUGGAUACUUGAAUUACUAACACAGUGUCAGUCUCUUCAAGGCGAUCGCACAAUUAUGACAUUGACUUUACUUCGAGUUUUUCCCGAAGAAGUUGCGGAGAUGAGAGGAAUUGGUGAAAAUCGGCGUCGUAUUGUUCGCGAAGAGCUUGCCAAUUGUGAGAAGCAGAUUAUGUCAUUUUUGUCGCACGUUCUCGAAAAAUAUCAUAAUGACAAUGGCAUGCUGAAUCGCGUGUUGAAGUGCUUAGAAUCGAAUUUGACGAAUCCAUGUAUGUCAACUGACUCAUUUGCUGAAGGAUAUCUUAUCAAUACAGUCUUCCAUAUUUUGUCUGCUGAUACAAAUUUACCAUCCACGGUGCAUGAAUCGGCGACAAAUGUGGUUGUUGCUGCUUUGUAUCGAGCUGAAGACGUUGAAACUCACAAAAAACUCGCGAAAGUUCUACAAAAGUCGAUUAUAACGCUACUUCCAAGUGCAUUCAAACGCGCGGAAGAGCAAGAAGAUUACGAUAAGCUUUUGAAUUUUACAAGGAUAUUUGUUGAAAUGUGCGAAUCAUUCUACAUUCAAGUUGUGAAUGAACCAUCAACGGACUUCUCAGCAGUAGGAAAUAUCGCUUGCCUCGAACUUCUUCUUCUCAUUGCUUCGCAUCACGAUUACUCGCUUAUUGAAAUGACGUUCAAUGUUUGGUACAGAAUAAGUGAAGAAUUGUUCAAGUUUGAAAAUGAUGAAGAUUUACAAAAAUUCAGACCUUAUGCUGAGAAAUUUAUUAUGGCGCUCUAUGAGCACAGCAAAUUCGAGCCUGAUAGUGGUGCUGAAUGGCCAGACGAGAAGAGCGAGUUUGUUGAAUUUCGGGCGAAAGUUGUCGAAGCUGUUCGAGAUGUUGUAUUUCUUGUUAGCACUGACAAUUGUCUGGCAAUGAUGCAUGCCGUGCUUCAAGAAACUGCUAAAAAAGUGGAUGCUCCUUGGGAACAAUUUGAAGCAGCUCUUUUCAUAAUGGCAUGUUGUGUUCAGAAUUUAUUACCAGAGUCAGAAGAGCCUGUGAUGCCUGAAGUGAUUGGUUCGAUCGUCUCGCUUCCGGCGAAUUCGCCGCCAGCUCUUGUUCUCACUUCAUUCACUCUUUUGGCUGACGCUAAUGACUGGCUGGCGACACAUACUCCAAUACUACCUCCUAUUUUGAAAUGGAUUUUGCAAUUCACACAGGAUCCGCGUUUUGCGCCAUAUGCUUCCUCUUGUUUGGAAAGUAUCGCUUCGAAAUGUGCUCCUGAAAUGACAUCAAUUCUUGACCAGUUGAUGUUAAUUAUCAAAACACUGGAAUCAAUGACAACAAAUGGUUUGAAAGCCGAGGAAGCUGCAAAUAGCAUUAUACGAGCUUGCUCGUACAUCAUUAAAAAUCUACCAAGUCAUCAAAUAAAGAUUGGAAUGGAAAAAUUGUGUGAUCCAAUUGUUACGUAUUUGAAGAAGACAACAGAGUUGACAACUCCAGAUGGUUUGCAUACAAUUGAUCAGAUCAAUCAUCAUAACAACAAUUAUCAGAAUGGAACAGCCGCUCAUGAAGCGAAUAAGGAAAAUGAAUCUAACAGCCAUCGAAAUGGUGAACCGUGGACUGCGAUCGCUGUCCGUCCUAUGGUUUGGAUUGAUCGUGUUGCGAGUGUUUUCAAAGAUAUUUGGAAACCGGAGGAUUCAAACCCCGUUUUGUGGAUUGAUACAGCCGAAAAACUGUUUCAUGCACUCAUUGAGGCGACAAAGAAGUUCCAAUCAAACUUGCGUAUGGUUGAACAUUCAAUUCGCUCGAUCAGGUCUAUGUUCCGAGCAUUGGGCCCCAGUUCAGUUGUGUUCGUCGAACCUGUAGUUCACAUGCUCAUGGAAGUUUAUCCUCAACAUCGUCAUUCGUGUCUUCUCUAUAUGGCAUCAAUUGUUGUGGACGAAUAUGGUGUCGAGGAUCGCAUGCGUCCUGGUCUACUUCUCAUGCUUAAAGCUCUCACAACUGCCGCAUUCGAGAUGUUGAAUUUGCCAAACGGUUGUAUCAAUAAUCCCGAUACGGUUGAUGAUUUGUUCCGAUUGGCUCAGCGCUUCACUUCGAGGGCUCCGUCAGUGUUCUUUAUCGAUAAUGUUUCAUCGCAUUUGUUCGCUUUGGCAGUCACAAAUCUUCAAUUGAACCACAAUGACGCAAAUCGUAGUGUUUCGCGCUUCAUAUUGGAAGUAUUGGAGCAGUUGUUUCGCGCGAAGAAGGUGCAAUAUUCGGAUCCUGGAGUUGUUGCCGCACAACACUUGAUAGCAAAUCAAGGAUCACAGCUUAUUGUGUCUGCUCUGAAUGCUUCAGUUUUCCAUUUGUCAGGAAGUCUUCAACGAGAUAUGGCGGAAAUUGUUCACAUGAUCGGCCGACUCGACAAAGAUAAACAAAAGGAGUGGCUCAUCUCAGCAGUUGCUUGCCUUCCGAAUGAUCCUGUCAAAGCAACUCCGCAACAAUUGCAAAAAUUCGUUGAAGAUGUUGUUGCUGAUUGCAAAUCGCAGUAUAUCAAGCCAUCUCAUUCCGAAAACAUGGCAAACCGAGAAAAGGAUGAUGAUGAUGAUAAAGAAAAAGGAAAAAAGAUCUUAAAAAAGAAUUCUCGUGAAGUCGUCGAAGAAAAUGAAAAAUCAGUUUGUCGUGUGGCGGCAACAACUCCUAAAAAAGCUAAAACGGGAUCUGACGAGAUUGGAAUUGCUGAAAAGGCAACGUCCAAGAAGCCGCCACCAAAAUUGACGAUGACUGAGCGCGAAUUGGCGACAAAUACGAUGAAAGGAAAAAAUUCCGAGAAAUCCGUGAAAAAGCCGGUAAUACCUGCAAACAUGCUCGCAAAAAAGGAAGAGGAUUUCACGACUCUAGAAAAAAAGUUGCGAGAAUUCGAAUUUUAUCAUGGAUUCAUCCCUCGUGAGGAUCUAGUUUCGAUGCUCAAAGAAAAGGGGGACUAUCUUCUGCGAGUUUCUGAGAUCGACGAGGGACCAAAUAAGGUUAGACGAGAAGUGAUCCUUUCGGUAAUACCAAAUUCAUCGACAAAAGAUACAAAAGAAGAUACAAAAGAUGGAGAGAAUCCGGAAAAUGCAGAGAAAAAGAACAACGUGCGGAAUGUGAUUGUGCGAAGAUAUUGCAACUUUUUUUUCAUUGAAACAGCUAAACCUUACGAUAAUAUGAAGGAUCUCAUAUCAUAUUACAAGAAAAACACGGGAACUGUGAAUUCGUUUGUAUUCACUCUCAAAAAUCCAAUCACUUUGCAAUCAUGGGAAUUCCUUCAUUCAGAUGUUACCAUUGGAGCAGUAUUGGGCGCCGGCGCUUUUGGUGAAGUUCGAAGUGGACAACUGAAAUUGAAGGAUGGAACUGUAGUUGAUGUGGCUGUCAAAGUGACAAAAGGCCAAGGAUUUUUGACGAAGGCCAAAAUCCGAGAAAUGAUGAAUGAAGCGAGGUUCAUCCGAAAUUUCAAUCAUAAAAAUGUUGUGCGGCUGUAUGGUGUGGCACACGAUGAACAACCGCUUUAUAUUUUGCUGGAAUUAGUUCGCGGCGGUUCUCUUAAAGAUCACUUGACAAAAAAUAAAGGCAAUCUGACGACAAUGGAUAAAAUCAAAUUUUCUCUUGGUGCGGCAAAAGGAUUGGAAUACUUACAUGGCAACAAAGUUAUUCAUAGGGACAUGGCUGCAAGGAAUUGUCUUCUUGAUGAAAAAGUUGUGAAGAUCACAGAUUUCGGCUUAUCGCGUCUCGGGCCGAUGUAUAAGCCAAAGGGUUCCUGUAAACUUCCGACCCGUUGGCUGAGCCCAGAAGUCAUUGCAACUCUACAAUUCACUUAUGCCUCUGAUGUAUAUAGUUGGGGAAUCACAUGCUACGAAAUCUUUUCUGAAGGCGCAGAACCUUUUGAAGGAAUGACUAAUCCUGAAGUUCGCGCUAGUAUUCAAUCCUCAAAGUUCCUUCAAAUGCCACAAAAUUGUCCAGAUAAAAUUAAAUCGGUGAUCGCAACAAAAGUGUUUGUUGAAGUAACGAAACGUGGAACAAUGGCCGAUGUUGUAAAAGAUAUCAUCGAUUAUAUCGAAGACGUUAGGUUGAUUCUGAAAUAUUCUAAAAUGCCUCUCAGUUUAGAAUAG